UCCGUACCUGAGCAAGCGCGUGCGCUGUGGUGUUGUGCUGAGAGCAGUGCUGCAGGGAGCUGUGUGGGGCCAGGGAGAGCUCGGAAGCUGCGACAUGGAUGCAGUGACCUAUGAGGAUGUGCAUGUGAACUUCACUAGGGAAGAGUGGACUUUGCUUGCUCCUUCCCAGAAGAGUCUCUACAAAGAUGUGAUGGUAGAAACCUACAGAAAUCUCACGGCUAUAGGCUACAAAUGGGAAGAUGAGAAUAUGGAAGAAUAUUAUCAGCAUUUUAGAAGAAAUGGAUGGCACAAAAGAAGUCAUCCUGUAGAGAAUCACUAUGAAUGCAAGCAGUGUGGUAAAACCUUUUCAUGUCACCAUGAGGAUUAUUAUAAUCUUCCGUUUCAAGACUCAAGUCAUACGGGACAGACAUCCUAUGAAGGUAUUCAAUGUGGCAAAGACUUUGCACAUCGCAGUUAUCACCAAAUACCUGAAAGAACAAAAAGUGGAGAGAAUCACAAUGAAUAUAAGCAGUGUGGUAAAACUUUUAGACAUAACAAUCAUCUUCAAAAGUAUGAAAGCACUCAUACUGUAGAGAGACGCUUCAAAUGUAAACAAUGUAGCAAAUCCUUUACACUUAAUUUUAAUCUGAAAAUGCACGAAAGAAUUCAUACUGUUGAGAAACCCUAUGAAUGUGAGCAAUGUGGUAAAGCCUUUAUACAUGUCAGUCAUCUGAAACUACAUGAACGAAAUCAUACUGGCGAUAAACCCUACGAAUGUAAGCAAUGUGGUAAAGCCUUUACAUGUAACAGUCGUCUAAAAAUACAUGAAAGAAUUCAUACUAGAGGGAAACCCUUUGAAUGUAAGCAAUGUGGUAAAGCAUUUACAUGUAACAGUCAUCUGAAAAUACAUGAAGUAAUUCAUACUAGAGUGAAACCCUAUGAAUGUGAGCAAUGUGGUAAAGCCUUUAGAAAUAGAAGCUACCUAAAAAUACAUGAACGAAAUCACACUGGAGAGAAACCCUAUGAAUGUAAGCAAUGUGGUAAAGCCUUUACAUGUAGCAGUUAUCUCAAAACACAUGAAAGAAUUCAUACUGGAGAGAGACCCUAUGAAUGUAAGCAAUGUGGUAAAGCAUUUACAUGUAAUGGUAAUCUGAAAAUACACGAAAAAACUCAUACUGGAGGGAAACCCUAUGAAUGUAAGCAAUGUGGUAAAGCCUUUGUAUGUAACAGGUUUCUGAAAAUACAUGAACGAAAUCAUACUGGAGAGAAACCCUAUGAAUGUAAGCAAUGUGGUAAAGCCUUUGUAUGUAUCAAUUAUCUGAAAAUACAUGAAAGAAAUCAUACUGGGGAGAAACUCUAUGAAUGUAAGCAAUGUUAUAAAACCUUUUUUUGUAAUAGCCAUCUGAAAAGACAUGAAAGAAUACAUAUAGGGGAGAAACCGUAUGAAUGUAAGCAUUGUGGUAAAGCAUUUACAUGUAAUGGUAUUCUGAAAGUACAUGAAAGAAUUCAUACUGGGGAGAAACCCUAUGAAUGUAAGCUAUGUGAUAAAGCCUUUUCAUGUACCAGUCAUCUGAAGAGACAUGAAAGAAUCCAUACUGGAGAGAAACCCUAUGAAUGUAAGCAAUGUAAUAAAGCCUUUUCAUGUAAAAGUCAUCUGAAAAGACAUGAAAGAAUUCAUACUGGAGAGAACCAUUAUAAAUGCAAACAAUGUGAUAAAAUCUUUAAAUGCAGUAGUUACCUGAAAAAACAUGAAAGAAAGCAUACUGCAUAGAAUCCCUAUUAAUGUUAGCAAUGUGGUAAAACCUUUAUAAAUAGCAGUCAUCUGAAAUUUCAUGAAAGAAAUCCUACUGGGGAGAAACCCUAUGAAUCUAAGUGAUGUGGUAAAAAAACCUUUUUAUGUUUCCAUAAUCUGAAAAGAUAUGAAAGAGCUCAUCCUGGAGAGAAACCCUAUGAAUGUAAGCAAUGUUGGAAAGCCUUUUUAAGUAACAGUCAUCUGAAAAGACGUGAAAUAAUUCAUACUGGAAAGACAUACUAUUGUUGUAGGGUGUUCGAAGGUGUGUGGAUUAAUAUCUGGGCCUUUUAUUGGGUUCCAUUGGUCCUCCUGUUUGUUGGUCUGCCAAUACCAGGCUGUUUUCAGUACUCUAGCUCUGUAGUAA